AUGAAGAACCAUCGCAGAGACACCAUUCUCCUUGUGGGCCUCUUCGUUUUUUUGGGAUUUUUUUCAAAUUCUGGGCUCGCUGAGGCUCGCAGAAGCGGAUAUCGCUUGCCCCGCUUGCCACAAGGACGCAGUGCCUCUGGCAGCGGCCAGGAUGUGGGCAGCGGACGGGAUCUGUUCAAGAAGUUCAUGCUGAUGCGUGGAAUGUUCCAGCAACCGCCCAGCGAUAAUGUCAUCGUCAUAUCGCAGCCCUCAACGACAACCACAACGACAACUACACCGAUAACGACAACCACACCGUCGACCACAACCACGACGACGACCACCACGAAUGGCACAAGUCGCGCCUUAAAUCACAAUCUUGGAAGGCAACUAAGCGAACCGGUACAGGAGAUGGCAGUGCCGACAUUUACAGGACUCGAGGAUCGUCUGGAUCUGCCGAUGGCUGUAGAAGAAUCAGAGCCAAUGGAACUAGAAACCAUCAAGCAGAGGAAACCAUUACAACUUCAGCCCUUGUUCUCCCAAAAGAAAUUCAAGCUGAGGAGUCUGCCAUCCAAGAACAAGAACAAGAAGACGAAAAAUGUUAAUCGCCACCAAAAGAUACAUCAUCGUCGUCGGUUUAUUCAGAAGAAGCAUCGCCAUCAACAUCAAAAGAAACAGAAACAACAGCCAUCCACAAAUCAGCAUCGCAGCUCCGAAUCGCAGGUUGUGGAUUUCAUCGAACCGUAUCACCACGACAGAUCCCCCAGCCAGACAAGUCAGUCCGGUUCCGAGUCUCAGCUCCAACGCAUCUGGCGGCGAUUCCAGCUGGCCAUCUAA